CUGAGCUAAUGAUGAAGUUCUACUGUCUAAUCAUCUUGACAGUCUGCCUGACUUUGGCGGAUGGAAUUGUCAGAGAAUACUACAUGGACGGACCCAGUACGUGCGGGCAGACCAUCAUUAUUUACAACGACAUUAUAAACCUGGCCGCCCGCUCCCCAAUCUCCACCCCCAAUCCUCGGCGGGUCUGUACCACUUACCUACGCUCUGGGUAUACGGACUCCUACUAUUACAUUAAAGUGGAGUGGACGGCCACCAUCAAGGACUGUGCCUUCUCUCUGACUAUCUAUGAGGGAUCAACACCAUCUGGAGCCCCCAUUAAAAGUUUCCGUUGCCUGGGAGACCAGGAAAACUCGGGGGUUGUUGAGGUCAGGAACUCGACUAUCACAGUACAGCGGGACCAGGGUUCUGAUUUUGUCCAACCCCACAACACUUUUAACCUAAGCAUUUCUACAUUCCGUAAUCAAUAUGCUGCCACAGAGGUGUCGGGGGGAACCUCCAAGGGAACCUCCAAACUGCCUACAGGGGUCAUCAUGGGGUUUGUGAUAGGUUUGUUUGCGAUGACUAUUUUCUGUCGAUAAAAAAAAUGGCGCCGGAGUAAGGUGAACGAAUUUGUGAACAAGUACUCCUUUUGAAGGAAUGAUCGGCAUGUAAUUCGAAAGAGCAAGGCAUGAAGAAGCUUUACUUUUAGGAAGCGAUUUAUUAUGAUUAAUAUUCUUACGCAUAUAUGAAGAAAAACGUGAUUUGAAUCAUUAUGUAUGCAACUGUAUAAAUGUUUUAUUUUCAAGGCAAAAGGAUAAGAGUAACGUUUGUAGUAAUCUACGUAUAAUUAAAGAUUUAAUGAGGUUGCCAUUGAAUAGUAAAUAAAAUAGUGCAAGGCGCAAUGCGUGCGCAAAUAGUAGAAUUUGGCUUAUAUGGACACAACUGUGAUCGGCCGAAGCCGAUCACAAAAUAUUGUGACAUGGAGCGGCCGAUUUGGUUUGUUUUUCAGUAAUUUAUGAUUUAUUUACUAGUAUAUCACAAGUUUCUGUUUGUUUUUAAAUCUGGAAUACUUCAGUUGCUGUGUCUUAUUCGGAUGGACUUUGCCUUUUGAUUUCCCUUCAUUUGUAUACAGUAUACUUUGGUUUCAUUAAUAUUCAAGGGUAUC